UUCAGGGUGCAGAGAUGAAGGUGUUUCUGCUACUGUUUGUGUGUGUGGCGCUAGUGAGCUACGGAGCCCAUGGCGAAGAAGCAGAUAAAAAGGACGAUGUAGAAGAGAAUGAAGAAGAGGGAAGACGUCAGUUUAUAAGUCCAUACGUUGGAGGACUAAGCGCUGCCCAGGCCGCGGCCGCGGCUAACGCCCAGGGUUUCCGGCCAACUCCCCCUCGGCCGACGCCUCCUAGACCCACCCCCCCUUCUGACAGAGGGUGUUACUCCUGCGUCGACUGCCCAGACACCUCGAAGUUGACCUCUCAACACCUCUGCACCGCUUACAACCAGCGAUGCGUCAGUUUCGUUGAGAAAUACAAACACGGAAAGAAGCAACUACUGUACGUUCGCGGUUGCGUCUCUGAGCGUGGCAACUGUGAGGAUAUACGGAGGGCCCACAAGGAUCGGCCAGACGUGAAGCUGGUGUCAUGCGAGGAGUGCGACGGCGAUCGCUGCAACUCGAACGGUGUUGCGCGGUCCCUCCCAGACCUUACGGCGGCCCUGUUCUUCGUGGUAUUUACGCCGUUGAUAACCAAAUAUGCACUCUCAUAGGACAUGAUUGAGACCAGACUCGUUUGAAUCUCUAAUAACGAUUUCCAAGGUUAUGUUGAAGACCCACCUCAAGAGUUUCGGUCAUCGAUAUGAAGAGAUAAAUUGAGCUAAACAUAACCAUGUUCCUAACCCUCGG